AUGUUCGAGUGUCUUGUGAUGGCCGACCCUACUCCAGCCCACCGUCCAUCCGACCGUCCCACCAACCGUCCAAGCCCAACCAAAAGCAAUCACACUUACUUCAGUGCUGCAUUCUUUAGUUUGUCUUGUGCAGAACACUGGUACAACGACAAAAGUUCCCAAAAGGAGACUUAUCGUGAUAGUGGUUGUCAGGAAAUUGCCAAAACUGGAAAUCUCAAGGUCACGCAGUGGGCACGGGAAAAAGGAUUCCCCUGGGAUGAACAGACUUGUGCCAAUGCGGCCCAAUGUGGCCAUUUGGACAUUCUACAGUAUGCUCGAGAAAAUGGCUGUCCAUGGGAUGAAGACACUUGUGCCCGUGCUGUGGAAGGUGGCCACUUGGAUAUCAUCAGGUAUGCCCAUGAGAAUGGCUGUCCUUGGUAUGACGAGACAUGCUCUGAGGCUGCUCGUCAGGAUCGUUUGGAUAUCUUCAAGUAUGCCCACGAGAAUGGCUGUCCGUGGGACGAACACACAUUCCUCAAUGCUGCCCAAAAUGGACACUUGGAAGUCAUCCAGUAUGCCCAUCAAAAUGAAUGUCCUUGGCAUUGGGACACAUGUUGGGAAGUUGCCAAGGGAGGCCAUUUGGAAUGGGUUUGGGUUGCUCAUGAGAAUGGAUGUUAUUGGAACGACUGGACAUGUAUGCAUGCUGCUCAAAUGGACACUUUGAGAUGCUCAAAUAUGCCCAUGAGAAUGGGUGUCCUUGGGAUUGCAAGACAUGUUACAAGGCUGCUCGUGUGGGGCAUUUGA